AUGAAGUUUGCGAAGAGCCUGGCUUUGGCGCUAAUUGGAAAUGUCUUUGGAGAGACUGAAGGAGAAACAAACAAUAGUAACAAUAGUAAAUCAGGCGAGAAAAGACUGGCCUACGAUUACAAACAAGUUUUCGUCGACAACCCUAUCGGAACAUUGAAGGAUAAAGUCGAAGCGGAGAAGCUGGAAUCGCAGACGAACAAGAAACUCGUCGAAGCGAACAAGCAGUGGGCUGAUCGACAUGCUGGCAAAGAACUGACGAAGAAGAUGUUGUCCAUUCCAAACACGAUGCCUUUCACGCCUCAUGGGACGAUGAGAUACGUCGACGACAGUCCCUACUGCUGGGUCAUCUUCGCCUACGACUCCGACGAAGACGUCGAGUCCGAAAUCUACCCCGUCGCCGUCGACAUUUCCGAAUAUUUCUACGAGCGCUGCGCUGUUGGUCUUCUCGACAUGGCCUACCCAAGCAACAAGGCCUCCUUCGGCUAUUUGAUCGAAGAUCUUCCCAUGCUCCUCGUCAAGCAUGCAGGAAGAGACAAGCACAUUUUACAAAAACAUCUUGAACGAGGAUCUUUUGUUAUGGAAGACAUCAAGAGCUGGGGGAAACGAGUUCUUACUGACGAUCUCGAGGACGACAUUCAAGGCGUCCUGGAAAAGAUCCUCGACGAAUACUACGAAAACGGCCACAUGAAAGACUUCACUAAAGUAUCAUCAAUUUACAUGCAGUGGUAUGCCGCCCAAAGUGAAGGAAAGAAAAAGGGAGCGGAAAUUAUUCACAAACAUGUUGUCGAAAUCGCCAAGCAAAUGGAGGAUGAAGAGGGCAAGCUGAAAAAGCCCGAAUUCUACGCCGAAGUUUACAAAACCGACUCGAUCAUCAAGGAGAAACUCGAUGCUGAAGGAUUCAGAACAGCUCCGCGAGAAAUUGUGAAUAACUUUGGCGAUGGAUUCAAAGCCGAGAAGACCUCUUAUUCCGACGAACUUUAA